CAUCGGAAGAGUUGUACCAGUUUCCUCGAAACUACGCCCUGGUGCACAAGUGGAUAGCUCAGUAAACGUUACAGUCCAGUGUUUUCUAUCAAUAUGUCGGCCCUUCCUGCAUACAGUCCGCCAACUCCCUUCCUGGCGCAUAUGCCAGCCGGUCUAGGCAUUUACCGCAAGAUUACGAUUCGCGGACGGAUGACUCAUGACCAGUUCAACAUAAAUCUGCAGACCGGACCAAACACUAACCCACGCGAUGAUACGGCGCUGCAUAUAAGCAUUCGACCCCGGGACGGUGUCAUCAUUCGUAACUCCAUCCAGUUCCGUAACUGGGGGAUCGAGGAACGGUUUGGCGGUUGUCCUGUCCAGAAGAAGUCCUACUUCGAUGUGACCAUCACGGUGAAACCGGAUAGCUACGGCAUUGCAGUGAACGGUGCACACUACUGUGACUUUAACCAUCGUAUGCCGUACGCAUCGGUGCGCUUCGUUCACAUCGGCGAGGGGGCCAAUGUUGAUGCCAUCACCACAGAAUAAGGACGGCUCCCCUGCAAACAUAUGUAGCGUUUAAGGUCGUUCAGCGAAUAAACCAUGUCAUUCACAUCUA